GGGUUAAAGAAUUUUUAAUGCCUUAUGAGGAAUUAUUGUUUCUUGCAGGAGCUCGUGAGUUAUACGAAAUAGAUAAAUCCAAUGUAAAAAAGGUGAAGGAUGAUCAAAAGUAUGUGUUAAUUGAGGCUUUAUUGAACAAAAUUCGAAGUGACUCUGGCAAUGAUGUUACUUUUAUUGUCG